CUUUUACUUCACAACCAAAACACUUCAACACUUUUUUUUAGACAGAACAUCAUUUAAAAAAAAAACAUGUUGGCGAUAUUUCAGAAGGCGUUUGCUCAUCCGCCGGAGGAACUCAAUUCUCCGGCGUCUAAAUUCUCCGGCAAGGCCGCGAAACUUCCCGGCGAAACCCUCUCCGAUUUCCUCUCCCGCCACCCGGAAACCGCUUUCUCCAUGAGCUUCGGCCAAGCCGCGUCUCUCGCCUACGUCCGUCCCGACCGAACACGCUUCUCGCUUCACCAGAGGUUGUUCUGUGGAGUAGAAGGAAUCUACUGCUUGUUCCUCGGAAGAUUGAACAACCUCUGCUCGUUGAACCGGCAGUACGGACUUUCCGGGAAAGUUUCGAACGAUGCGAUGCUCGUGAUCGAAGCUUACCGUACUCUCCGUGACCGUGGGCCUUACCCAGCAGAUCAGGUCCUUAGGGAUCUUGACGGAAGCUUCGCUUUCAUCAUCUACGACACCCAGACCUCCACUGUUUUCGCAGCACUGAGCUCUGAUGGAGGAGUGAAUCUCUACUGGGGUUUAGCAUCAGAUGGAUCUGUAGUGAUCUCCGACAAUCUCGAUAUCAUAAAGCAAGGCUGUUCUAAAUCCUAUGCUCCUUUCCCGACUGGGUGUAUGUUCCAUAGCGAAAUCGGGCUUAAGAGCUUUGAACAUCCAACGAACAAGAUGAAAGCGAUGCAGAGGAUUGACAGUGAAGGCGUUAUCUGUGGAGCAAAUUUCAAAGUGGAUGUGUAUUCGAAGACAAACAGUAUCCCAAGAAGAGGAAGUGAAGCCAAUUGGGCUCUCGCAAACUCACGUUAGCAUCUCAGGGGAGAUGACUAACACGAGUUUUAAUUUUAUGUUUCAUUGUUCUUGUUCUGUGGUUUUGUUUCACCUUUGUCCGUUCUUGUAAGAAUACCCUGAUGAAUAAAAAAAAUCUCUUUUUUUC